GUGCCGAGCUUUCUUUCUCCACGUGGUGGUCGGGUCGGGUACGCUGCUAGCUGCUAGGUGGCCAGUCGCCAGAGCGCAGUGCGGGUAGGAUGUGCGUCUGUGCGUGCGGCGGACUGCAGUCACACUGGCGGCUAGCGCAAGUUGUGUAAGCAGUACGAUAGCUGCUGCUUUUGUACAUGAACUGUAUGCUCACGGUCUCGGUGCUACGGGAAGUUGCAGUGACGAAAGUAACAGUGUUUUGCGCAGUGACGAACACAGAGUAAUGUUGCCAGUGAACGGACCAAGGAAACGAAAAUAAAUGGAGCCGCGUGUACACCCACAAGUUUCAGCGAAUUACGCCAAUCGAACAGAUGUACACCAGUUGCUCUUAAAUGCAGAUUUGCAUUUGCUUUUCUUUCACAACAACGGGAACCGCGUAGACGAUACUUAACUUGACGGUUCAGAUGUUUAUGCUAAAUGAGUUAGCCACAGUGUCGUGAUGUGAGUGAACUUCAGAGGAUUUUAAAUAUAUUUAUGAGACAGGUGUCACUUUUACAUUAUUGACGUAAACGUGAUUGACACGUGGGGUAGUUGCCUAGAUCUUAUGCCUCACUGUCAGCAUGGACGUUGUGUCAACUACUUUUUAUAUUAAGCAUAAUUAAAAAGCCUGCAUUUUAAAAUAAUAUAUAUUUUUAUUCUCAAUAGGUAUACAUUGUUAAACAGUGAAACGUUUGGUGUGGAAAGCGGCCGGCCAGUUGUGUUUUCAACCAAAAACACGAAAGAAGUGGAGUGUGCACAAUAUGGGUGAGGUAACUGUUAAUACGUUCAGGUAGACUUCGCAUGCGAAUAGCCAUCUGUAGAUACAUCAGCCUUGGCGCCAACUUCACCUCAUUUUACCACAGGCCAUUGACUUAAUCAUGGUGGUUCACGACAGAUGAACGCAUCAACCAAGGUUCAUGGUUUCUAUGGAUGUGAAAGAGACCUCAGGGAUGAGGUGGCCAGGCAGCGGCUCCUGUCGACCCUCUUCGCGGGCGAUGCAACCCAAGUCAAAGGAGGCAACAGGUCCCCCUGUGCAGGUGGAGCCUGUAGACUUGAGCGUGAAGCCUGCUCCGCUUGUCCUUCACGUGCCCAGGUACAGCCCCCACCUCACCAGUCAAGCUGACACCGAGGCCCACCUGCCAGACAGUCAGCCAGAACCUGCGAGAGAGCCUUCUUCUCAAGAUGCCCUUCAAACUGCUACCACGACCCUUCUUUCCAUGCAAAGAGUAAAGGAUGCAUCUUUCGUCUUCCAGAAUAGACCAGCGCCCAGCUUCAGUAGUGCACCAUCCACACACAAUGGCAUCCGAAGCGAGUCUCCAAAUUCCAUGCCGUUAAAUUACUGCGACAGUUUGAGGCGGCGGAAAACCCACCACUGUGAUGUUGUAGGUUGCCAGAAAGUAUACACGAAAAGUUCUCACCUCAAGGCCCACAAGCGAACUCAUACAGGGGAGAAGCCAUACCAUUGCACGUGGGAAGGUUGCACUUGGAAGUUUGCCAGGUCAGACGAAUUGACCCGUCACUUCCGCAAACACACUGGCCAGAAGCCAUUUCGUUGUCAAAUGUGUCAGCGCUCGUUUUCUCGCUCCGAUCAUCUCUCUCUUCAUAUGAAGAGGCACUGAAGUUCCGGUUUUGUUAAUAUUUGUCGGUAAAUUCCAUUGCACGAAAUGCAAAAUGUGCCUUAUUUGUAUUUUAUGCCUAGAAUAUAUUCUGUCUCAUAUGGUUUAGUUUUUACCGUACUUAUAUGUAAUUGGGUCUGCAAUUUAAUUUUGACAGCUGAAUAUUUGGUUAUAAAAAUAUAAAUAAAAAUGUAUCUGCAAAUCAUUUUAUACUCUAAUAUUUGAGAAACAAUUUAAUUUAUAGUUUUAAAUGAAAUGACUUUUUGAAAUAACUGCUUAUUGCUUUGUAUAGAUCUGUCAAAAGCCAGCACAUAUGUUAGAGACAGAGAAUAUUUUAGGCAAAAUUGCAACUGUGCAAUAAGCACUAAGCCAGUUCUGUAGUAGGAGUAAGAAUAUCAUGUAUCUGUGAGUCUUCCUUGUCCUUACCGUUGUUUAUUGGUGUUAAAUAACUACGGUACUUGCUGUGAUAGACAUAAUCAGGUUAUUUUUUAUACAACUGUACCUGGUGCAUUAAUAUUUCAGGAGAACACAAUUUAAAGUGUUUUUUUUUUAACAAAUAGGCCUAAUCAUACCAAAAAAUACAAAUCAAUCUUAACUUGAAUGAAAAUCCUAUCAUUAAAUCGCCGGGACUGUGUCAGCUCAUGUUGUCUUUCAUUGAGCUCAUGUUGUCUUUCAUUGAGAGUGCAGAAGCUUCUGCUAGUAUAUUUCCCUAAGGUUUACACCUAUUGUUAGUCAUUAAGAGUUACAAUUUUUAAGAAUGGCCAGUAUUUUGAGAUUUACAUAAGAAAACGCAUGGAAUGCCACGAGUGAAAAUUAGUUUACUAUUUCUCACCAAUCACUUUGGUUGUUCAUUGAUUUUAUGCAGAGUACACACUGAAGUAUUUCAGAUGCACUUUCAAUAAUUUCAUGAUUGAUUGUAAAAUUAUUGAAUAUUCAUUUUAAUUGGUAAAUUACAAUGUAGUAAAUUUUAUACUUUACUCAAAGUUUUAAAAAUUAUUUACUGUAAUAUGUUUAGUUUUACUAAAAUUGGGAGGAAUGAAGUUGUUCUAUGUACUAAUCAGUGUUUGCAGAUCACAUAAUAAAUGUUCUUCACAUUAAAAAGCAUUUAUGCACCAUCUCUAUAACUUUGACGAGUAAGAGUUGGUUCAUAGUUAAAUUAAUUUGCUAUGCAGUUUUGAAUUUUAAAUUAUACCUUCCCUAACGACCUUGCCCACAUAUUAGUUAAAACAGAUGGCAUAAUACUAUUUUUUUUUUAAUUAAUUGAAAAUAUGUAAGUUAUUCGGGUGGAUUUUACAGUUUGUCUCAGUCCUUAUGGCCAAACAUUGGGAAUCAAUUGUACAGUUCAAAAGCAACAAAUAAUGCAUUUUAAUAACUUUUUGAAAAGUCCGUAUUUCAGGAGAUAUUUAACUUUUCACUACCUCAUUGUAUAAAAAUGCUAAUAAUUUCAGAUCUACUUAAGCUAAAACAAUUAUGAUUACACCAUUUGAAAGAGCAUAAGAUUUACCAUGAGAGAAUCACAUUUUAAAUUUUCUGAGUCACUUAAAAAAUUGGCCUUUGUCAAUUCGAACAUUUCAAAAAAAGAAA